GGGCAAUAGCAGCGGGGGCGAACAACUCUUUUGCAACUGAAGACUCACAUACAUUUUCAGCAACUGCUUUCUGACUCGUCCAUCGCACAUAUUCACAAGGUGUCUACUCUUAGUUGAUGUGAAGAACUUCAAAGCUCACUACCAGGUCUGGGCGUGAAGUUGUAUAAGGAUUCUUCCAGUAGGAAGUUGGGCAACCAACGUGCUUCAAAGGAUCCCGUCUAUUGAGAUUGCCAUAAGCCGUCGAGUUUCGCAUCUGUCACAAUAAGCAAGCCAUCCUUGCCUACCGCAUCUGUCUUUAUCGAUCAAGCUCUCCGAGAUUCCUCGCGACCCACCACCGCCUAGGCACCUACCUUACUCUCCCCGCGCUCCGAAAGAAAGUUUUGCGCAGUCGCGACCAUGAUGGACUUGAAAGGCAUUGUUCAUGGCCACGGCCAUAGUCGCCGCCGCACGAUUUCAAAUGCUAGCUCCAUCAGGUCGAAUCGCUCCACAGACGAUAUGAAAGGAGAGGCAGCGCAGGACGAUACGCUCGUGGUCGAGCCCGACCAGGGCAAUGUUCUCACACACAUAAUCUCACAACUGCGCCCUGGGGCCGAUCUAAGUCGUGUCGUACUACCGACAUUUAUCCUCGAGCCAAGGAGCAUGCUGGAGCGAAUAACCAACUUCAUGUGCCAUCCCGAGAUGCUACUACCAAUACCUGACAUCGAUGACCCUGUCCAGCGAUUUGUCUCAGUAGUCAAGUUCUAUCUCAGCGGAUGGCAUAUCAGACCCCCUGGCGUCAAGAAGCCUCUAAACCCAAUUCUAGGGGAAAUCUUCACUUGCUACUGGGAUUUCCCCGAUAACACUCGCGGCUAUUACAUCUCUGAACAGACAUCCCACCAUCCACCAAAGUCUAGCUACUUCUAUAUGGUGCCGGAGCACCAUAUCCGAGUCGACGGAACUUUGAAGCCGAAAAGCAAAUUCCUGGGCAACUCUGCCGCAAGUCUGAUGGAAGGCACGGCUAUUCUCUCGUUCCUCAACAGGGGCAAAGACCCGGCAAAGGGAGAGCAAUACCACUUGACUCAGCCGAACAUGUAUGCACGCGGCAUCCUUUUUGGCAAGAUGAAAUAUGAGCUAGGUGACCAUAGCGUCGUGAAAUGUCCAGAGCUUGGACUGGUCGCCGACAUCGACUUCAAGACGAAGGGAUGGGUUUCGGGUUGCUACAAUGCCAUUGGUGGAACGAUCAAGGACGAACGCACAGGCGAGAUCCUAUAUGAGCUAUCUGGGCUCUGGAGCGACGAAAUGUUCAUCAAGGACAUGAAGACUGGACACAAGGAGAUGUUUUUCGAUGCCCAUAGGUCCAAGCCAUCCCCUCCUCUAGUCAGGCCGAUAGAAGAACAGGAGGAGCGUGAGUCGCAGAGAUUGUGGCAGAAGACAGCGCAAGCCGUCAAGGAUUCCCAGCACGAACUCGCCACAGAAGAGAAGACCAAGAUAGAGGAUAUGCAACGGGAGGAGGCCAGCAGGAGAAACCAGGAGGGAGUCGAGUGGCACCCCCGUCUGUUCCGUCGUGUAAGGGGAGGCCAGGGUGGAAGCGAAGAAGGCGAGGAGGAUCUUGAGUGGAUCAUAAACGCCACCAUUGACGGUGAAACGCCCGAGGCGAAGGCCAAUCAGAUUCUGGCCAUAUAUCCUAUCCUCAAAGGCCAAAAAUCUAGCGAACGAAACCCCAUUCCACCACGAGGCUCGUCGUUCCGCCAACCGAGAACACAGGAGUCAGCGCCUCAAAGUGGUGAUCUGAUAGACUUUGAUGGUGGUAAUGAGUCGAUACCCGGCCACGCUCCCCUGCAGCCGGACUCGAAAGCAACGACAGAGAAGCCAGCUACCAGUACCAACGGCAGCGAUGAUAUCGAGCAACUGCUGAACGCAACUGGGCAACCGCCGAGUAAGGACGACCCUCUGGUUGAUUUCGGCAAGGAUCUCAAGAAAAGCCUACCGACGAUGAAGAGGGCAGACACCGAAGAAUCGGCCGACGAGUUCCAUGACGCACGCGAGUGAUAUUUAAGGCAUUUGGCUUGAACCGUACUCCCCCUCAACAUCAUAACACAAUGGACUUUGGUGGAGAAGAUUGGGACAGAAUCGGCCUCCUUUGUGUAUGACUGCUAGCUUUUGCCCUUUGGCCUGAAAUUUCUGCCAGAUUUGUCAAUACGUGACGAUGGCCAUAAUCAAUGGUGUCGCAUCCCAACAGCUCUACCCUUACCGAUGAUCUUGACGCAGCGCAGCACACAUUUCGAUUACCACCCGCAUUAAGAAUCUCUGCUAGGGAGUGUCGGUUGCAUCAUCUUUGGAAGUGGAAUCUUGGAAGUCUUCGGGCAUCAAAACGUCGAUAGAUUAAACCCAAACAUGGUUCAGUCCCAACCACAACGCCAAACGUGACAGGUCAAGACAGCAACAACAAUGCGAAUGCUGCAGUUCCCAUUUUACAGUCAAAAUAACCACAAG